AUGGACCGCAAACGCAAGUUUCCAGGCUGCAACUCCCCGAUCUCAUAUGGGGUGGCCCAAGCCGCAUCAGAGGCACCAGAAGAUGGUCGCAUCCGGCCUUCGGGCUCUUCACAGAGUUAUGAUUCACCUCCAGGCAUAGAUGGGCACGAUGCAUAUUCGGGGCACUGGGUAGGCACCGAUCAGGAGACGGCAUCGACCAAAGCGAAGCGGAUAAAGCCCGAAAGUUACGACACCGAUCAUGGCUGUGUAGUCACCAGCGGCAGCGAUGGUGAAUCUGCAUUUUCGGCCUCCCAGCCCGCUUCUCCCUCAGGGAGCGAUGCUACUGACUCCAUUUCGCCCCAGAAAUGCCAAGCACUACUCCCAGCCCUGAGGCGACUCCCCGACGAUUUUACCGAUAUUCCGACUGCCGGGGCUUCCAGGAGACAAUCGAGGAAGAUGCGCAAAACUCGAUAUUCCGACGAAGAAGACCAGAAAUACGUCGAUGAUCAGGAGGGUGACGAUGGCGAAAUUGAUCCUGAGUACUCGGACGAAAUUGACAAGUCGGAGCGUGACGAUAUCGUGUACAUUCUGAGCAGGGAGAAAGCAAAGCGCAUGGUGCAGGCUGUGAAAGUGCCCAAGGAUACCAAGAUGGGCGAAGAGGAGAGGUGUCUAUAUCUCGAUCUGGCCACUCGCGGCUGCAAACCCAUGAUGCCUGCCGACUGGAAGAAAGACUUCACCACUCUCCCGGAGUCCCUGUUCCCUGCCGAGGACGACGAGGUCGAUGAAAACGACUUCACCUUCAAGAUUCAAAAAGGAUCCAAUUUCUACGCCAUCACGGCCCUGCACGGGAUUCUUCAGGUUCCCGGUCAUGUCCGAGACUGCAGGGUGCUGACGGUACUCCCUCAAACAGUGAUCGCAAAGGCCAUUCGGAAGUACUUGCGCUGGGCUAUCAGUGAUGCCGGUCUGAAGAUAGCACCUCAGACGGUCCCCGUUUACACAAUCUACGCCCAGAAGCGGGACGAGGAUACUUUAUCCGUUGUGAACAAAGUUAUCAAGAAGCUUGAAAAACUGAGCGCGUCUCAUCAGACCUUGCAUCGAUGUGCGGAGCACCAAUACUGGCCAACUCUGGUCGGCUUCUGUCUGUGCGGACCCAUCGUCACCAUACUCUCUGUGGACACCAACCCCGAAUCCGCCACCUGGACAAACCCCGCUAUCUCUCGUGCAAAGUACAUGGGUCAGUUUGAUAUGUCGGAAGAUGACCAGGACGUUUGGAACUCGCUGGCGUUGGCGAUUGCAGUGAUUCAUAUUCGGCAGGCUAUGGGUCGACUUGCGGAUACUUAUGAUUUUCCCUUUUUACCUCGCUGGCGGGAAGAAGGGGGCGCCGUGGAUUCGGGGGAUGAAGAUUUGUGA